AUGCCUUCGGAAGUAAUAGCCCAGUCGGAGAAGUCCCUCCAGAGGGAACUGGCUGACUCCAUCAUUCGAAUGGUCCCGCUGGAUGAGAUCCGCAUCUUGCUAGCGUGUGGUGCAAAGGUAAAUGAACCGGUGACGCAAGGCCUUCGCCCCCUCCACUACGCGAUCUGGCAGCGACACUUGGAAGCCACCAGGCUGCUCCUGGUACGAGGGUGUGACGUCAACGCGAGGGACGACUGCGGUUACAGCGCACUGCAUCUCUCCGCUGAGCACGGGUACACGGAGCUCGUGAAACUUCUGCUUGAGAGUGGCGCGGCGGUAGACUACAGACCCGACACUGGGGAAGAAUUCCCGAGGACUACACUCUGCGAUGAACCGCUAAGACUCGCCAUAAGGAACAAACACUAUGAAGUGGCCCGUCUUCUUCUCGAGCAUGGAGCAGACCCUAACAAGCGCUACUUCUUCGGCUCUGAGAUCAACCUGGUGUCCGACCCUGAGUACUUGGAGCUGCUCCUCACCUUCGGAGCCAACCCUGACUCGAGAGAUAGAGCUGGUCUGACCCCGCUCAUGAAGGCUGCUAGACAGAGAAAGGGUAUGGAUGCCGUGCUCCUUCUGAUAAGCUUCGGAGCUGAUGUGAACGCGAUGGCCGAUGCGCGGAACGACUACAGAACUGUCAUGCAUUACGCUGUACUGAGCGGUAACACGGAAGUCGUAACGUUGAUGAUCAAGCAAGGUGCCAGGGUGAACUACCAGUGUCCUGAACUGAACAAGCCCAGUCCUCUAGACCUGGCCAUCCUAAAGGGGGAUGUGGCGAUAGUUCAACUGCUAUUAGAUGCAGGUGCAGAAGUGAACGCCUCCAGUUCAGUGAUCGGGUCUCCGCUACACGUCGCUUGCUCCGACAAUAUCACCAAUAGGAAAGAAAUUGUUAAAAUCCUUCUUGAAGUAGGUGCGGACCCCAACCUGAAAGUAUUGAACGAGGACGACGGCGCACAAUUGAGGCCUGCACUCGCCGAGUACCUCGCCAGUAAUACGGAGCCUAGUGCGGAUAUCGUACACCUCCUUCUCAAGUAUGGUGCCCGGGUCAUCAUGAAAACUCAGUUCAGGGACCCCGAUGGCAUCCUGAACCACCUCCAGAACGUGACGAGCGAAGAGUACGAGCACAUCUUCUAUCUCCUUCUGGAAGCGUGCGAAGCGUUCGACCUGUGUAUGAUAAAGAGGAAUAGCACUUUGACGGCCGCACAAAAAGAAGCCUUAAUGGACAGAGCUAAGACCCCUAUUUCGUUGCUAGCUCAAUGCAGGAUAUUUUUGAGGAGGUUCUUCCGAACUUCCCUUUUGGACGUGGUAAACAAUUUUGAAAUACCAAAAAUCCUCCAUAGAUAUUUGGAGUUUGAGUGCAAAUGA